AUGGCAUUGCUCUUCCCCAAUUUCGUGAUUUCCACAGACACCUCAGAGGAUUGCUUGCUCUCCUGGGGAGCACUGCUCAAGAACUGCCGGGAUCUGUCACGGGGGAGGCAAAUCCACGCCCGCAUUGCGCAGAGCGAGCACCGCCGCAACAAAUACCUCGCGAAUCUGCUCGUCCAGAUGUAUGGCAAAUGCGGCAGCGUCGAUGACGCCCGUGCAAUCUUCGAAUCCAUAGAGAAUCCUAAGCUCUUCUCCUCCAACAUCAUGAUCCAGGCCUACGCACAGGCGAAAGAUCUAAAUCGAGCGCGCAGAACGUUCGAUGGGAUGCUCCGGCGAGAUGCCUCGACGUGGAACUCGAUCGUCACGGCAUAUGCCGACAACGGGCAGCUUGAUAAAGCGCGAGAGAUUUCCGAAUUGGAGAAGAACGAGAUCUCUUGGAAUGUGAUGAUCACGCUUUGCAUCCGCAGUGGAAAGAUAGCUUCUGUCAAGGAUUUGUUUGAUCGGAUGCCCGUGAAGACGAUCGUUGCGCAUACUGCCCUCAUCACAGUAUUUGCCAGGAAAGGGCAUUUGGAAGAAGCCGAGGCUUUGUAG